CCAAGCUAUCAUGGUGAGAAUUAUUUUGCGAAUGCACUCAUUCUCCGUAACACUUUGUCCAAACAACCACCCGAUGAGCACACAUCCUCUUGCAAUGGCCUUUCUAUCAUUUCUUCGUCCCUUCCCACAUCUCCCUUGCAAUUAACGCAGUUCUACUACUUCCUUCUUUAUCACUAUUCGACGAAAUUCAGCUUUCCAACCGAUGCAACAUGCCCAUGACGUGGAACGCCGAGACAGAAGCUAGGCUGCUUCUCGGUAUUCUGGCCCAAGUGAGAGGUGUUCUCGAUUACAAAGCUCUAGCAACCCAUAUGGGCCCUGAGUGCUCUGUUAUCGCGCUGCGCCAGCACAUUUGCAAACUCCGUAGGGAUGCCGGUAUCCCUGCCAGUAGCCCUAAGAAAGCUCGUGUUCAUCACUCCGAAUACACCCCAAAGGUUUCCAAGCAGACUACAUCCGUGGGGACUUCGAUAUCAAGAGUAAAGAGACCAUAUUGCUUUGUCGAUCAUGACGAUGAGGAAAAGGAGGAUUCAGAGAAGGACGCUAAGCCGAUAAUCAAAUACGAAGACGAGAAGAAGAACAAGGAGGAAAAGGAUAGGGAGCCCUUUUUUGUGGAUCUCAUUGGGGAUAAUAUGACCGUCCGCUCGGUAUGGGGAACUCAUGUUAUUUUGUGGUUAAACAGGCCUCGGGAACUUAGACAGCCCAGUCGGCAUCUUGUCUACAAAAUCACGUUUUAUUCUUACCAGCCCGCCUCGUAUGGGCAAAAGCAUAAACCGCAUACUCAAAUGCCGGCAAACAGAGUUCCCACGGGCCAGUACUAG